UUACUUUCGAAAGUGACAACAGUGAAGCACGAGAGUCGAAGAUGUCUUCGGCUCAAUCAAACGACUUCUAAUCGCUUUUUUAUCGCUGAGACUUAACGGAUAAAUAACACUUACAGUCGACGAGAAAGUUCUUGCCCACUUAGCACAGAAAUGUUUUGCUCCUUUGACGAACGGAAUUCAGAGGAAAGCAGACGAUGCGUUUCACCACUCGACAUGGUUAACAGUGUUCGAGACUUUGACGAAGGUGUACAAAACGGCUUCGAUUCAAGCACAUUGGAUUGCGAUAGUAAAAACGUUCACAACUGUCAUUCAAGUGGGGAAGGAGACGUGAUGAAUACUAGCGAAGAGGCUUCUGGUUUGAACUUAAAUAUUGACGCAUCUUUCGUGCAAAUAGGAAGAAGAAAUACGACGAACUUUGAUUCCUUGGAUCCUUCACUCGCUACGCAAAAUUCUGGAGAGGGAAGUCACAAUGAUAAGCUUGCUCCAGUGUUGAGAGAACUAUCGAAGCCCCGAGAUGAACGUCUGAACUUUAGUCGUAGAAGGAACGGCUUUCCUGAUCUCCGCGAAGAUCAUUUGGUAGAAAUAUUGGUUUGUAGGAACCAAGACUCAACAGAAGCGCUCGACAUCGCAGACAAGUACGACGUCAGUGUAUCAGUAAGCCACGUUGAGCCUAGCGAAUCUUGCCUGAAAAUUCCUGACUUCCAGAGCGAACGAAUAAAAAGCGAAAAUAAAAGCUUAGCGAACGGAAAUAUGAUCGGGGUUGUUGGAUUUCUGUUCCGCUUUCACGAACCGAACACCAAGUACAAGAUAACGUUCUUUCUUCACCCCAUUCAUUCAAAAAGGCGAGGAAGAAAGAAAAACUUAUGGACGACUUCCGUGAAUGAAACGAUCAGUGAAAUCUCCCUCACGCUAGAAACAGGGAACAUGAUCCCGUCAAGAUCUGGGAAGACUGGAAAAAAAGUGAAAGCUGCGAGAAUUGUUCCGCCUUCGCUUGAGUUGACCGCAGCUCCCCUCUCAGCAGAGUGCACAGUACUCUACCAAAGAUCCUUAAGGGUGAUGAAGGAACUACAGUCUCUCCGUGACAAUGCCAAGUGGGAUGAUUUUGACAAACACGCGAACGAUCUGUUGUUAGAGUUUGCUGAUGAAGACACUCAAAUAGUUAUUAAACUGGAACAAAGCGUGGUAGCUUGUUACCGAAACCAGCUAGAGAUCUCUCUUCAGAUUAUCGAUGAUGCAUUCAGCAUGAUUGAUCGCGCGAAAAAUCAAAAACUUCUCCUUAGUAGAGGUUUUAGUUAUAAGGCCGGCGUGAAGAGGCGACAGAGGAACUUAGGAGAGGCUGAACGGUUCGUGGAUCUUGCAGAACAGAACAGUCAAGGGUGUCACGCGCAUCUCGACAAGAGUUUCAUCGUUUAUGAACGCGCGGGUGUUCUGCUGGAGUUCAUUGUGCUCACAGCUUAUAGAAGCCCGCAACAGGUGAAUGAAACUUUAAGAAAUCUGGAAACAUGUAUUGACCUCUGUACAAAGCUGGAAAAUGAAGAUGGCAAACUCUACGUGAAGAAACACCAUUUCGCUCUCAUAAAAAUGGCGAUGCUAUUGUUAGACUGUCGCACGGAAGCUGCGCGUAAACGCUUUGUCAGUAAAGAUGCGAUCGCGAAAGCCGAGCAGUGUUUGAACAUACUGAAAAAAAAAUACUGGUCGGUAAUACCCGAGGGUGUCAAAGUGCAAUUCAACUUGGCAUAUUCGGACCUGGAAUACCGGAAAGGGAACUAUACAGAGGCAGAGAGAUACGCAAAUUUGGCAAGAGAAAUGGCAGUUGAGAUGGGCUUCAACACAGAGAUUGAUCACGCCCAGGAACGCCUUAAUCACAUACGUGCUCUGACUUGCCAGGAAGCAAUAUCUGAUGGUCCUGUGGGGGGCACCUCACUCUUCAGUGACAGUGAAGGGUGUUAUGGUGACGUGAGUAGUUCGUCUGGAUACGAAUCUGACUGUCUAAAUUCUAAAGACCUGAAGAUAUUAGAGUAGCUGAAUGUUGCAACCAAUAAUAGCAAUCUGACUUGACAGGAAUCGAUCGCGAUACAGUUAAGGAUGUUUUUAUCUUUUUUCACAAACCAAGACAUGUCCUAAUUUUUUUUUGCUGCCUCCGUAGAGUAUCGAAUGGUAGCACUCUUCAAGAAAAAAAAACAAAACAAAACAAAACAAAACAGAACAAAACGUUGCGUGACCUGCCCAAAGGAUCGUGCGUGCGAGAGAGGAUACACGCGAGGGAAAGCGCACAAUAUAUUUUUUUUGACGCUCGCUC